AGGAUAUUCUGAAGGUCAGCGGGUCAGCGGACGUCCUUGAGCGUGCUGUUUUCUUGAGCGCGGACCAAGCUCGGACACGACAACUUAAGUGAGGUACCGUGCUGAGUCUUCCAUGUGCCUUGGGCAGGUGUUUGGCAUGUGGACAUAAUGUGGCAGAUGCGGUGAGGGAUAUGGAGGCUUCGCGUUCAGUUCCGUGCUUGCUUCGCGGGAUGUUGGAUGAGUGGAAUGGAUCUUCUGCCUUUCUUAUGCCCCGGACUGCGCUCUCGAGGGCCAUGUGUGGGCGAUUUCCGCGAAAGUCUAGAUCAUCAAAAUGGGCGCUUUCUCCAGGGACCUUGCGGGCCGUUCUCACGCGCGGCAGACGCGGUCGGCGGGAUUGGCAUCACAGACAUCUCUUCCCCCAGAGCAACGCCGUCCAUCGCUCUUCUUGCCCUCUUCGCUCCUCUUGCCCGCGCAGGGCUCGCCAUCAUGGCUGCCGUAGACGAACCAGUCAGGCCACAGGACCCGACACAGGACUCGGUGGCAGCUGGCGGCGACGUCGCAGAAAGCACCGCGACCGACGCGUCGCCAGCGAGUCCGCCAACCGAGGGUAUUCAAGAGGGUGAAACUGUGGAUGAAGUUGCAGACGCAGCGCCUGCGGACGUCGCGCAGUCUGCGUCCGACACCGUCGACCCGCCGCCCGCUCCAGACGAAAUUAAUGCCACCCAGGAUGGUGCUUCUGCUUCACGACACUCCUUAAUUGGCAACGGUACAGUGCAGGCCCCUCCCCAGCCAGUGACCUCGACUGGGCAGGAACCAGCGACGGCGACGACGACUUCGAACAACACGCACGAGACAAACACUGUCCAGGCGGACGAGUCGGAGAAGGAGAGGCCCGUGCUGACCAUAGCGACGCCGCCGGAGAAGCGGCGGCGGGAGGCGCGGGAGGUGUCCGAGGGCGCGCACACAGCGUCGAGCACGACUGAGCGGCCGUCGACGCCGCGUUCGGCACGUACGUCUUGCAAGCGUGCGAAGACGUCCCUGCUUGCAAGGAUUGUGCGCGCAUGCGCGUCGUGUACCCAUCCAUCUGGACGCAGCCAUGACAUCGACCUUAGUGAGGGCGUGCGCUCCAAGGUGAGCGAGAAACAGUCGACGAAGGACGGCGAAGAGCAGCAGCGAGAAUCCUCUGACUCUGCUAGUGCACCACAUACCGCGCUCACGAUAGUUUCGCCUGCUCCCUCAGAUGACUCUGAGGUGAUUGUGCCGGCCACGCCGUCGCGCCUGCUCCCGAUCUCAGAAACGCAUGGCGUAACAGCGGGCGCGGUGCAGCCCCCAGGCUCGACAGGACACGAUCUCGUCAUAGCCAACGACCAAGGCGACGACUCGGACAGCUCGUUCACAGAAGAAGAGGUCCUGAACAACCUAAUCCAUCUGGAUGCGGAUACAGAAGAGCAGAUGCUCAUACAGAACGCUGGUAACGGGAUUCCCAUUGUUGAUGGUGUCCCGCAGCCAUUGCUCCCACCCAUUGCCCCCGAAUUCGUCGGGCGCAAGUGUCUGGUGCUCGACCUUGACGAGACACUCGUGCACAGUAGUCUGAAGCCCGUACCGUCUCCAGACUACAUCGUACCUGUCGAGAUCGAGUCCUUCUGGCACAACUUCUACGUGCUCAAGCGUCCGGGGGUAGACGGGUUCCUCAAGCGGAUGGGAGAGAUUUACGAGGUGGUGGUAUUCACGGCGAGCUUGAGCAAGUAUGCCGACCCGGUCUUGGACAGACUUGACCCUGACCGCUCAGUUGCGCACCGGCUUUUUCGUGAGAGCUGCUACAAUCACCGAGGCAACUAUGUCAAGGACCUCUCCCAGCUCGGUCGCCCAAUCCAAGACACGAUUAUCAUCGACAACUCACCAGCGUCCUACAUCUUCCACCCCAACAACGCGGUCCCCAUCUCAUCGUGGUUCAACGACCCGCACGACACCGAACUUACCGACCUCUGCCCGUUCCUCGCGGACCUGGGCCAGUCGGGGCACGACGUGCGGGGGAUCCUGAACCCAGUCGUGUAGCCCGCCUCAACGAGCGUGCUCGGUAUGCGCCGCACGCGCACGUUGGCUGGCGCUGGUCGUUCCGGUCAAGUGCCAGUCGCGACAUCCGUCUCCCGCGAGCUUCAGCUCCGGAUACCGUUGCCUGGCCGCACACGCCCUGCAGCGCGAUGGCGGCAGGCGGUGAGAGCACCGGUGCCUGCUGC